AUGACAGUCAGUGAUGGCCCCAAUCGGCCUGUUGUGGUCUUGCGCCAGGGUACUGUCAAAGGUAUCAAGCAAGACGGUGGCUUUCCCCAUCCGGUCGAAGCCUUCCUUGGUGUUCCCUAUGCUGCACCUCCGGUUGGCGAUCGACGAUUCAGACCUCCGGAGAGAGUCGAUUCGUCGAACGAUGUUGUCGAUGCAUCGAAAUAUGGACCGAAAGCGCCCGCGAGGCAGUUCGUCGUAGCCGGCCCUCAGCUGGAAUCAAGCGAGGACUGUCUGACGGCAAAUGUGUUUCGGCAGGGGUCGAGGAAUUCGUCAAAACUCCUGCCUGUAGCCAUUUAUGUCCACGGCGGCGCCUUCAACCGUGGCAGUGCAUCCAUGCACAACACGGCAUCAAUGGUGGGCUGGUCGUCAGAACCGUUCAUUGCUGUCUCUUUCAACUAUCGCAUUGGUGCUCUUGGAUUCCUCCCUUCGCGACUUAGUGCCAAGGAAGGCGUUUUGAAUCUCGGUCUGAAAGACCAGAUCCUGCUGUUGGAGUGGGUGCAGGAGAACAUUGAGUAUUUCGGUGGUGACCCCGACAACGUGACCCUCGUCGGCCUAUCUGCCGGCGCACACUCGAUUGGCCACCAUCUCCUGAACUUCGAGGAGGGCCAAAGGCCCCUCUUUAACCGAGUCGUCAUGGAGAGCGGUGCUCCCACAUCCCGUGCUGUUCGCAACUUCGAUGCGCCGGUGCACGAGGAACAAUUCCAAGCUUUCUUAGACGCUGUGGGAUGCCCAAGGGAUUUGACAGAGGCUGAUAUCUUCCCUUUUCUGCGUUCUUUGCCCUCUUCAACAAUCGCCUCUGCGCAGGACACUGUGUUCUACAGGUAUAACCCCAGCCUUCGCUGGGCGUUCCAGCCAGUAAUCGACGGCGAGAUUAUACGACGCCGCCCAUUAGAUGCUUGGCAAUCGGGCAUGUGGCACAAAAUGCCCAUAAUGACCGGCUUCAAUGGGAACGAGGGCUCGCUUUACGUAAACAAAGCCAUGUCAGAACCAUCGGAGUUCACUGACUUCUUCCGGGUUCUGCUGCCCCAGUUGACUCUGGAGGAGCUCAAGACCAUUGAAACCUUGUAUCCUGACCCGUCCACAGCAUCAUCGCCCUACAAGGAGGACCGCCAAGGUGUGGGAAACCAAUACAAGCGGAUCGAGGCGGCAUACGCACACUAUGCGUAUGUGGCCCCAGUGCGACAGACGGCCCACCUCGCAAGUCCUACAGUCCCAGUCUUCUUGUAUCACUGGGCUUUGGAGACGAGUGUCAUUGGCGGCGCGAGCCAUGGGGACAAUAUGAAAUAUGAAGCAAUGGAACCGGCUGUUUGCAAGAUCUCCGAGUCUCAGAAGAACUUGGCUGGCACGUUGCAUACGUAUGUGACGAGCUUCAUUUGCACUGGAGAUCCCAAUGGUAUGGGAGAGAUAUAUCCUAGGAAGCCACAAUGGGCAUCGUAUAACAACGGAAGCCCGAAGAUUAUGAUAUUCGGCCGCAACAACAAGGAACUCGUUGGGGGCGAUGUCGGACCAGCUGCGGAGCUCCACGACGAUGUCUGGGCGAAGAAAGAGUCAGACUUCUGGUGGAGCAAAGUUGAGAUAUCUCAACAAUGA